AUGGUUAUCGAAGGAGGCAGAGGUCGUGGUAUUAACGUUUGGGAUGCAUUCACUCACCGAUACCCAGAACUUGGAGUUAAUGCCUACAGACUAUCCAUUGCGUGGUCAAGAAUCAUUCCAAGAGGAAAGAGGAGUAGGGGAAUCAACCAAGAUGGAAUUAAUUACUAUAGCGGUCUCAUAGACGCCCUCCUCGCGAGGAAUAUAACGCCUUUCGUCACCCUCUUCCACUGGGACCUUCCUCAAACACUGCAAGAUGAGUAUGAAGGUUUUCUUGACCGCCAAGUCAUAGAGGAUUUCAAAAAUUAUGCGGAUGUGUGUUUCGAGGCAUUUGGUGGUAGGGUAAAGAACUGGAUCACUAUCAACCAGCUCUUCACAGUGCCUACGAGAGGCUACGCAUUGGGAACAGAUGCACCCGGUCGAUGUUCUCCUUGGGUUGAUAAAAGAUGUUACGGCGGAAAUUCUUCAACAGAACCCUACAUCGUUGCACAUCACCAGCUUCUUGCUCAUGCCACGGUCGUCGAUCUUUACAGAAAGAAAUAUAAGGGUAGAUACCCAGACAUCAUGAGGCAACUUGUGGGUAGUCGGCUUCCCAACUUCACGGAAGCAGAAGCCAGACUUGUGUAUCGUUCAUAUGAUUUUCUUGGUCUCAACUAUUACGUCACUCAGUACGCUCAAGCCAUUGGCCCAAGUCCUCCGGGCCAACUCACUGCUAUGACGGACUCACGCGCAAAACUUACAUCUAAGGAUGAAAAUGGUAAUGCCCCUGGUCCACCGUUCGACGCUAAAGGCACUUUUUACCGACCAAGAGGCAUGUUAGACGUAAUGGAGCACUUCAAAAACAGAUACGGAAACCCUUUAAUCUAUGUCACGGAGAACGGAAUUAGCACCCCGGGUAGCGAAAGCUUUGACGAUAGUGUCGCCGACUACAAGCGGAUUGAUUAUCUCUGCAGUCAUCUCUGCUUUCUCCGUAAGGCCAUCGAGGAGAAGAAGGUCAACGUGAAAGGAUACUUUGCCUGGUCCCUUGGAGACAAUUAUGAAUUCUGCGCAGGCUAUACAGUCAGAUUCGGACUGAGUUACGUUGAUUUCGCCAACCUCACUGCUGACAGAGACCUUAAAGCAUCUGGCAAGUGGUACAAGAAGUUCUUACAGGCUAACACCAAGGACAAUGAGAACCAAGGUCUCCUCCGUUCAAGCCUCUCCUUCGAGAACGAGAAGCUCGCAGAUGCAUGA